AGACUGGCCAAGGCAGACCUGUUACACUUGCCUGAGUUAGGCAUUGUUUGCCAUGCCACUAAACCUGCCGUCAAGUGAAACCUUCAUGGGGGAAAUGAGAUCGAAGUCUGGCCUGCUGAAGAUGGACGCCCUGUCUCUGUUUUUAUUUUAUUUUGCUUUCUUUCCUUUGUUUUUAUUAUUAUUAUUAUUAUUAUUUUGUUUUAUUUUGUUUUUAUUUUAUUUUGUCCCUUUUUGUUUUGUUAAAUCUCUUUCCCUUGUAUUUGUGAACUGGUACUUCAGUUCUGUAAAAAUGGUGUUUUGUAAAGGGUUCACAGUGUUUCAUUUUAAAGUUUGACCUGAAGCUGCUUAUGAAUGGUGGAUGGUAUUCGCAAAGUGUGAUUAGCUGAGUUUUGUGCUGCAAAUUUUGGAUAAAAUUUCACUUGGAGUACAUUUAAGCAUCUGAAUUCAGCAGAUGAGCACACUGGGACAGAAGACUGAAAUAGUGAGAAAUACAUGAGUUUUAAGAUGCAUUCUUUCAUAUGUUAUGCUUUACGAUUUCCUCUUGGAAAAGACAGUUAAAAUUCUUAGUUUCUGGAGACAUUAAGUUUGCAGAAUAUAGUCAUAACCUUUCUCUGCUGUUUGUCUCUCUUAGCAGAGUGGUUUUAUUUAGAUUGCAUGGUCUGUUUAAAAGAAGGCUUUCCAUUUAUGUGUAAUAUAAAGAGUUUAUAAUAAUUAUUUAUGAAAUUGAAAUUUAAUGGAUACUGAAUGUGUUGAAACCCUUGCUUCUGAUGAGAUCUUGCUCCAGUGAGGUCAGUGGCAGCAAAAUGUCAUCCUUUUGUUUUCACAAUUUUCAGAAAAACUGUUUACCACUCAUAAGUACAAACGCAGCCUGAGGUUCUGAUUAGAACGUGUUAUGUGAGGCACAUUGUCUUUUAACACUGUUGUCUGUGGGAAGACUGAAUCAGUUCUGUAUGCAUGUGUAUGUGUGUGUGUAUUGCACUUAUACAUGCUUCGGUGGUUGUUACCUGAAGAGGAGGUUUUAUUUUUUUUAAAAAGACUCCUUAGUCAUCACACAAGCCCUGGCAGCUGAUGCUGGAGUGAUUGAGAAGGUUGUCAUCUCUAGGUGAUGUUCUUACUUCUUACUUUGGAAUGGAACCCCUAAAGCAGAAUCAGUGGGCAGGUGGUGUGUCUCAUGCUCAGGCACUGCUCUUCUCAGCUAAGCGUGUUAAUACCAAUUGGUUUCACUUUGGUAACCCAGCAAGCUGUGAACUGGGAAGAGCUUUGCUUCAUGAUCUCUCUUGGAUUUGUCUGUGGCAGUUGAGGUAGUUGCCAGUAGUUUUAAUCUCUUUAAUCACUGCUGCUAAAUCCAAUAGGAGUCAUGAACUGGAUCACACAGAAGCUAUUUUGAAGUGUGCAUUUGCCACUGACUUAACAUGGCGGGAAAGUAACAACUGUUUUAAAUUAUGUUUAAAGUAGAUGUGAAUGAAAGAUACCUUUAAAACAAACCUACUACUGUGGUUGUUCUACAGGCAGGAUUAAGCACAUAGGUUAAGUAUGAAGAACAGGAAAUUAUUUUCUUCUGCACACUUAAAAGAAAAAAAAAUUACAUUUACUGCCUGCUUAACACAAACAUUUUUUUGGAGCACUUAGCAAAAUGGUUGCUGGUUUGAACCAGGUUGGCUAAGACUCCUUAAGCCCUUGGAUAAUAGAAGAAAAUAACAAUUGUAACAUGUAUUUAGUGUGAGACCACCUCCUCUGAAACAGACCCUGAGAUGCUUCUAGGCAGUGUGGAGCCAAACUACAUUUGCUUCCAGAUCACAUUGCGAAGCAGAGAGGAAUGAAGUAAAUGGUCACAGAGUCUAUAAUUUUCUAAACAAACAAAAGCAUCUAAGAAAUAUUUCUGUGGAUAUGAUAUAUAUGUGACAUAUGUUUCCAUUAUUAGAAAAUACGUAUUUUUAGCUCAUUUCCAUCUAGCUUCAGUUUCAAAUAAUGAGUUUUAAAUCCAAAUUGGUUAUCUUAAACAGUUUUUAAAGUGUCUUAAUUUGGUUUUUCACAAGCCACAAGUUUUGUACCUUUGUGGCCACAUAUUCUCUUAUUCAUACAUUUGUUGUGUUAAAACUCCAAAACAUAAAGGCUGUAUUUAACUUAAGAGGUUAUUUGGCCUCACCUAUUGAUUUGUUCAGGAAGGCAGAUUUGCCCCUAGUUUAUUUUCUAUAAAAUUGAUUUAAGGUUUGAAAAAAAGCUUAAAAGCUGGAGGAAGGAACCUGUGAAAAGAGAGUAGCUCAGGGGGAGGGGAAGAACAAAGCACAAGCAGAUCUUUCUUUGUGCUGUGGAACUGACCAAAUGGAGUUUCAGUUAAAAGAAAACAUUACAUUGUUAGGCAUCCUGGUUAUUUGGGUAAUGAUGCUGCUAGCUUGUUAUUUAGACACAUGUACUCUUCGUUCUUUGAACUUCUGUUAGAAGUGGCUUAAGUGAAAGUGCUCACCUGAUUCUUUAAGCAGUGCUUGAGCAAAUGAAUAAUUUGUAUUAUUUCAGCAAGAUGGCCUGUGUGCUUGAAGUUUAGGCUCGAAUUUAAUUCUCUAAAUUUAACUCACUGUCUGUUAAUUAUGUGCCUAACUUCAUUCCUGUUUCAAAGGGCUAAAUGCCUUAAACAUCUGAAAAAUUUAUUUGGUUAAGUAUGUAUUGAAUUGGCUGUAUGUAAGUGCAUACUUAAAUUAGGCAUAUGCUUAUGUACGUUGCUGGCCAAGGAUCAAAAAGAGAGUGCGGACACACCACUCUAGGAGCUGUUUUUGUGACUGAAUUUACUUGAUCCACAUGUGUAGACUCUAUGGAAACCUGCAUGAGGAUGUGGUUAAUGGCAAGAAGCUGCCUGUUCAUGAAAACGUCUGGUAGUUAAUGGUCUAGCUCAUCGGUCACCUGAAAGCACCUCAAUACUUUGAUUUGCAGAAGAACUGGUAUAUAACUGUAUGCCUAAUUUGCAUGCACGGUUACUAGAACUGUAUAUUUGAAAGCCUGUUUAGUUAGCUACGUAGUAGGCAGGGUAUGCAGUGAAGUACCCAAUUAUUGUGAGCAGUCAGGCAGAUCAGGUGCACCUCUCCUUGCAUGCCUGACUUCAUAAUGAGUGCUGAACAUUGUGAUGACUCAGAUUCAUGCAUGUUUUUUUUUUUAAAAAAAAAGCCCUGGAAGACGUUAUUGCACAGUUAAUUCUUGAGCGCUAAUUAUUUUCCUAUUUUUCUCCUUUAGAUAGAAAAAUCAAGUGCUUUGUUACAUGUUAAGGAGCAAGGUGCCUCAAAACUAAACAUAAAUAAAAUAAUGUAAAUAGGAGGCAUGAGAGAAAAAUGGGUACUGUUAUUUUAUCUAUUCUAUUCCAUAUAUGCUACAUAUAAAUUUAUUUUAAUUUAGAUUUGUUUUGUUCUUUGGUCACAUCCAGUUGUAACCCAGUCCUUGCUGCAGAUCUUUAAUACUGGUUUGCAAUACUUUUUUUGCUUUUAUUUUUUUUUAAAGUAGUACAAUUCCUAUAGGUUUUACUGGAACUCAUAUAGUUAAAAUUAGACAGUAUUUUGGGACUUACAUUGUGUUUUGUAUAUAUUGAAGUUAGAGAUUAGCAGAUAAAAACAUAGACAGUUUUAUUUAAAGAGAAGUCGUGUAGAUCCUUUGAGUAUUAAAAAAAUGUUUAAAUAAAAACUUUUGUUAAAAUGCAUGUGGUAAUAACAAAGGGCUCAGAAGCCAGCAUACAUACUGUUAUGCCAGGAGUUUUGAGAACAUAAUUAAUACCUGGUAUAAGCAGAAGUUGCUGCUGCAGUUUUUCCUGUGUAGUGUUUGUAGUUGCUUACUCCCCUUGGCAUUUCAAAUCUGAUAGAUACAUUUAAUUGUUUUAUCUAUUACAUUACUAUUGACCUACCACCACUUUUAAAAUUUUUGAAGAUUUUAUGGUGUUAAUUUAGCAGUCUUAUUAUAAAUAAAUUUGAAAGAAACCUGUGUUUAGAACAGAUUACUUAUUGUUUAAACUGCUAGCAUGACAGGGAGAGUAUAAUCUGGUUGAAAGGGUACAAAAUACAUAGCUUAGGAAAAUACGGAUUGCUUAGCUGAUCAGUUAGGAUUUUCUUGUGCCUCGUGAAAUUUACAGCUAAUUCAUUAAAGCUUCAUAUAAACUGAGAUGACUUAGAAUAUAUGACAGUACAAAUAUAGAUUUUUCUUCCUUCCCAUACUCCUGAUUUCACUUGCAGUGUGUAUUGAAUCACAGUAGCUUUUAUUUAAUUUUUAUUUAUUUCUGCAUCAAAAGUAGGUAGCGUCAAAGUAGAGAAAAGCACAAAUUUCAAUUAGCUCAUACAUGUUUUUUCUUUUUUUCUUUUUCUUUUUUUUUUUUUUUCUUUUACUGAUUUGGUUAUUUGCCAUUUCUGGGGAUUAAACUUUAAAAAAUGUUCUUCUUUUCUGUAUCUGAUGUUCUGUGUGCUAUUAGUGAUGCAGCCAACACGAACGGUUGUCAUGUGUAAAACAACUUUCGAUCACCGUGAAAGCACCGCCCUGGGAAAGCGUCCAUGCUUGAUAUCGUUUGGUUCAUGAACAUUAAGUUUCCAGUACAGGUAAAAUCCCAGAUGAAGCCAAAGCCCUGUCUUUAUUGGCGCCUGCUCCUACUAUGACAAGCCUGAUGCCUGGUGCGGGGUUGCUUCCAAUACCUACACCAACACCUUUAACAACACUUGGUGUUUCACUUGGCACUUUGGGAGCAAUACCAGCAGCAGCACUGGACCCUAACAUUACUGCCCUGGGAGAAAUACCCCAGCCACCAAUAAUGGGGAAUGUGGACCCAUCUAAAAUUGAUGAAAUCAGGAGAACAGUGUAUGUUGGAAAUUUGAAUUCACAGACCACAACAGCUGAUCAGCUGCUUGAAUUCUUUAAGCAAGUUGGAGAAGUCAAAUUUGUGCGAAUGGCAGGUGAUGAGACUCAGCCAACACGAUUUGCUUUUGUGGAAUUUGCAGACCAAAAUUCUGUACCUCGAGCUCUUGCCUUUAAUGGAGUUAUGUUUGGAGACAGACCACUAAAAAUAAAUCACUCCAAUAAUGCAAUAGUGAAGCCUCCUGAAAUGACACCACAGGCUGCUGCCAAGGAACUGGAAGAAGUGAUGAAGAGAGUAAGGGAAGCUCAGUCUUUCAUAUCUGCUGCUAUUGAGCCAGAGUCUGGAAAGAGCAGUGAAAGAAAAGGCGGUCGAUCUCGUUCCCAUUCUCGUUCAGAAUCCAGGUCUAGCUCAAAAUCCCGAUCUAGAAGGAAAAGAUCACAUUCAAAACACAGAAGUCGGUCUGGCAACAGAUCACUCUCGAGACACAAGGACAGACGCAGAUCCAGAAGUCCCCUGAAAAAACGAUCUAGAUCUAGGGAAAGGCGGAAAUCAAGAAGUCGAUCUCGUUCUCGGGACAAGAAAAGAGACAAAGAAAAGGUCAAGGAAAAAGAAAAGACCAAAGAAAAGGAGAGAGACCGAGACAAGGAGAAGGAAAGAGACCGGGAUAGAGACAAAGAAAGGGAAAGAGAGAGAGAUAAAGAGAGAAGUAGGGAUAAAGACAGGGAGAAAGACAAAGAUCGAAACAAAGAUCGAGAGAGAGUCAAAGACAGGGAUAGAGACAGGGACAAGGAAAGGGGAAAGGAGAAAGAUGAGAAGGAAAAAGACAGGGAAGAUGUAGAUCAGAACAAAGAAAAAGAUGAUGACAAAGAUGGGGAGAAGGACAGAGAGAAGAUGAGGGAUAGGGAGGGAGAUAAGGACAAGGGAGGGGACAAAGACAGAGAAAAAGAAAAGGAAAAAGAUGGGGACAGGGAGAGGGAGCGAGAAAAAGAGAGAGAUGAUAAAAAGAAGAAAGAUAAGAGAUCCAGAACUCCCCCAAGAAGCUAUAGCUCUUCAAGAAGAUCACGUAGCUCCAGCAGAGAAAGACGCAAGAGGAAGAGUAGAAGUCUUUCUAAGUCUCCUAAAACAUCCAAAGGAACAAAAAGAAAGUCGUCACGAACUCCUUCUCCAAGAAGAAACAAGAAAGAAAAGAAAAGAGAAAGAGAUACUUGUAAUGAAGGAAGAGAACGAGAACGCUCCACCUCCAAGAAAAAAAGUAGUAAAGAGAAAGAGGGAAGGGAGAAAUCUGACAAAAGCACCACUGCUUUGAAGGACAAAGACCAUGCUAAAGAGGAUCAGGAUUCAGAAACAGACAAAGAUGUUGACAACAGAGAUACGCAAAGGACAGAUGAAGUCAAACUUCAGCAGAAUGGAAACUGUCAACCAAACGAAGAUAACCUCUCGGUUAAAAUGGAAGAAGUUUAAAGCAAAGAAUCAACCUCUGUCUCAACUAAGGAAUGAAAUCCAAAGCUUCUUAUUUCCCAGAAUGAGGAAGAAAAUGUCAAAGCAAUCAACCUGACCAUGUUGAUAGUACUAGUAGCUCUUCCAGUUCUUGUGAUAGCUUUGUUGUCUUCUUGCUGUAAAGCAGGAAAGCACGGACCAGUAGUUAAACCAUGAAAAAGCAUAUGCCGUCGGAACUAUUCAUCUCUGAAACUCCAUGCAUUUCCAUGAUGGCUGUACUUAUAGGUAAAAUGAUUUAUGUUAAGUUUUGCUAUAGGCUGUUAAACAGAAACUGAAAGAAGUAAACCUUUACUACCCCUAAGAAAAUAAAAUAGAAGCUGAAGGUCAGCAUUGAAGUUUGUUUUAAAAUAUUGCUUGUUGAUGAAUUUUGUGUUAGUUUAUUUAGUGGGUUAAAAAGUCCACAGCAACUUCAACGUGUACUUGUUUAUGUGCUUGGAAACGGUACAUAAACGUACACACUUUCUUUUGGUGUAAAUGACAACUGUUGGAAAAGUUUUUAUGGUUCUUAUGGUAUAUGCCCAAUGUUAUUAAUUUGCUCGCUGCUUGCAGUUUGUCAGUUUUAUUAUUUAAAAUAAUUUCUUACUAAUAUCCCUAAACUCAAUAUUUGCUUAAAGUAUUUGAACAAUGCAUGCUACUUUUCUGUUCCUAAAAGGAACAUUGCCAUGUAUGAUGAUAAUAGGUUAGCUUAUUGAGUUAUUUUCAGGUUGUUUUAUUUUGCUGUUUUCUUCUGUUCCAGAAUUGAGCACAUCUGUAUAUUAAGAGAACUUAACAGCUUUGUUUUUUGACAUGUACUGCAGUGUGUCUGUUCAGCUGCAAAUGGUACAGGUGCCAUUAUGAAAAUAAAUUUUUUCUUACUUGUUUAAAAAAUUUGAGAGCACAAGCAUAAGCUUUAGUGCCUUCUUAAAACGUGGUAUUUUCUAGAAAUAUAUAUGUGCUGUUACUCAUUUUCAGCUAAAUCUUGCAUCAUCUCUAUUGCUGUUUUGCCACUACCAUACUAUAGACAAGAAUGCAAGUGAUUUUUCAGAAUGGAUGUUUAGUUCACAUGUUUAAGUACUACAAGUCCAUUAUCUUCAGAAAUGAUAGGGUAAAAGCAAUGAUGCAUUUUGGGGACCACCACUGUACAAAUAUAGUAGCUGAAUACAAAGUAUUUUCUGAACACCUGCAUCACAGGCAGCCCUUAAGAUAAUCUUAACUACAUUUGGAUGGCCUUAACUGUUACCUCUCCAUCAUUUUCUCUGGUACACAUCAGGCGUUGUAAAAUGAAUUUAAUACAGAGCUGGGGGUGGAAAAUGCUUGGGGAAGGAAUUUAUAUAGGAGAUGUAUGUUAGAGGGUCUUUUUUCAUUCUUUGGUGAGAAAGCAUGUAAGAAGCAAAUGACAAAGCAGGUUGUUUUGUUUUUGUUUUUUUUCAAGUAAAACCAUGAUUUGUGCUCUCUGAACUAACAUAACCAGUUUCAUUGUUGUGAGACUUUUUUUGAGAGUCAUAUUUACAGACUUAUACCUAAAAUCAGGUAGAUUACACACCUUAUUACAAUCAAAUGAAUAAAUUGCCUUACCUCGUGGAAGGAAUUUCUUUCAGUUAGGAAUAAGAAAAGGCUUAAUAGAAUAUUAGCAGUUUGCUUUCAAUCUCCUCUUCUUUUGCAUAGUUAAUUCUUAAGAAAAUAAUUUUCAAAAAGCAUAAUACAGGGAACAAAAAUUCUGUCUAAUUCCUAAGGUAAUGAAACCUAGUUUGAUUGCGAAGCUGCUUAAUCACUCUUCAUUUUUGAUACGAUUUAGUGUUCUUCCCACUGUGUACAUUUAAGACCACAGGAAAUGCUUUACCAUGUAAAGUAUAGACAGUCAUUUUUGUCAUUUUUAAGCCACGUGCUGUUGGUAGGUUAACAGCUUACUCUGAUAAAAGAACGCUAAAUCUGUACAUUUAAAGAAAGGUUCUGAAGGAUUGCGUCUUGAAGCAACAGCUGUCUUAUUUAUGAUGUGUAAGUAGCAUAGAGCAAAGGGGUUCUUUGUAUACUUGUUAUCUUUGUUACCAUUUCACCAAUAAAAUUAAGUAUUUUAGAGGGAAGUUUCUGCUGUUACAUGCUUAUUAAAGAAACUUUUUUAGUUGGUCAUCAGGUCUUAUUCAGGCAGCUUCUUUUGAUUUGAAAUGUGAAUACAAGUUAAAAUAUACCUGUAUUAUGUAUAAUAUCUUUGAAAAGAUAAGUUACUCCUUCCCUGGGAGAAAUUAGAAUUUUCAUAGUAUAUCACAUUUCAGUUCAUCCUAGUUUGAUUUUCUUAGUUUUGUUAUCCUGAAUUUGCAUAGCUUAGAGUAUGUAGAUGAUUGUGCACAGUUAGUGAAGAAAAAUGACUUUUAAAAUUCAUAGGUAACGAUAGCAGCAUUACUAGCUAAUAUAUCAUAUAUAUGCAGCAUACUAAGUUAAAUUGUAAGUGAAUUAAUAGUCCCUUUAAAAAAGGUAUAGAAAAAAGAGGAGAAAAAAAAAAAAGUUUAAACACCAAAUACCCAAAUAAACACAUUUCCUCCCUACCCUAAACUGUGUUUUCUUACAAAUACUGUAUUUUCUGUUUUGCCUUGUAAUACUGUGUAGUUCUGUGAGGAUAGUUUUAUCUCUUUGUAUUAGGUGUUUAAUGAUUCCCUUCUUUGUUAAAAAAGAAAAAAAAAGGAAAAAAAAUAAAAAUAAAAAUAAAAGCCACCAUUAGAUGAUAAAUAUUUUGUAGAACACCCAUCACCACAGGGGGCAGAUGGUUUUUUUAAACCAGUGCUGGAACACAGUAGCGAAGUUCCUACUUGCUCUGCCACGUUUGUGUGUUUGACCCAUUAAAUGUGUCUGUCUUUCAGUGGAAGUCCACGCCUUCAUCAUAAUGCAUUUGCAUGCUGAGCUGCUGUGUCAGGUAGUUUGCUUCUGCACUUCUAUAAGUUGAUAAAACUGAGUGAUGGGUUUGAGAACAGCGUAGUUUGUGGUAGCCGUGUUGUUUUAGAUGUAUUUUCACUUAACUUGGCCUUUGGGUUCUGCCUACAUGCUAAUCGCCUGCUUUGUUUUUUAUUUUUUUAUUUUUUUAAUGUCAGUUUCAGAUAGGUAUAACUGAAUUAGCUAACCAGCUGGCCAACAGCAUCAGGCCAGGCACAGCCUGGCUUCUGAAGGGAGUUUGAACAUUUCAGUGGUUUAUUCCUCUGCUGAAGUAAAUUCUGCAGUCUGUAUCAUGCUCUGUGUUGCUUGCAGUUUGUUUGCUGGUGUUUUCUAGCUUAGGUAUGUGUAAGGCAAUAAGUUUAAUUUUGAAGUCUACAGAUCUGUUUGUUAAUGGUAGGUUCUCUGUUUUGCCUUCAGUUUGUAAUAGCAAUUACAUUUAGGAAUGUCUGUGAUAACUCUCGUGGUCUAAUCAAGAGAUAAAAAAGUAAAGGCUGCCUUGUAUGACACAAAUUCUUACAUGCUGCAUACAAGUCUUUGUCACUAUUUUCAGUUACUCUAUUUAACAUUAUAACCACUGAAAGCAGUAAUGCCAUGGUGGUGUGUAUAUUCUUUAUUCUUUAAACUGAAGCAACUCUGUAUCACUGUCGUUUUGUAAGUUUGUAAUGAAACAUGCAUUUUAAUUUUGCAAGCCAUUCACUUAAAGGAAAAAAAGAAAAAUAAAAGACAAAUCAUGUUGUUUCAGUGUGAAAAUGGAAUUCUGAGAGUAAAACAGUUCUUAAGUACAUAGGUUCAGCACAGUGAAGUACUGCAAAUUGGGGCGUGUUGUGGAUCCAGUUUGGCACCUGAUGAUACUUUUGGCCUUAUAUUAUUGAAUUACUCUUUUUAGGUGUUGUCAUUAUUUCAAAAGCAAGGUUUGGAUGUGGUGACACAAAUACUGAGAGCUGUAAGUGGCUAAAAUAAUGUAAAUCUGUCAAUGCUUAGUGGAGAGGGAUAAGGUUUUCUCACCAGUGGAUAGCAUGCGGAUAGGUGAAAUUCAUAGAUAUUCUUCAUAUUAUUACAACCUGAAAUCUGAUUUUAUUUGCUAAUGUCUAAACAGAAAAGUUUUCAGCCUGUAUGUGAAGUUUAUUUUUUAUAUGGUGAAAAGUGUAAUUAAAGUAAUACUGAAAGCAUUGUAUAAAAGGGAUUCUUUUGCAUAAUGUGAGAUAAAUUCGCUUGUGUUUAAUUUUAAACUCCUUGACAAUGUCUCUGUAUGUAGUGUUUAUUUUCAUUUAAAAUUCAAGAUUGCUUCAUGUAUAGGUAAGCCGCAGCACGGGGUCUGAGCACAUUAGCAAGGAUUUUUCUCCCAGAGAAAGCUGUCUGAUAAUACGUGCAGACAGCUCCUUUGCCCACUGUCUGAGAGCAGUUCUCUUAAGGCUUCAGUUCUGUACUUUCUGAGUAAGAAAAACCAUUGAGGGGCUAUCUUUGAAUUCCAGUUUUCAAGAUGUUUCCCUAAGCCAAGAACUCUUAUUAUCCAAGAAGGCCUAAGAAAAAUUUGUCAUAGCCAUCUUACAGUUUUUGAGAUUAGUAAAGGAGGACACUGAAGUAAAACCGAGAUUUUAGCUGUUUGUUUAUUUUCUUCUGGAGAGCUGCAGUUUACACUUAAUUUGGAUUCACUGCAUUUUCUCUUUUAUUAUAAGAUAAACAAGUGCCAAACUUGAUGGAAGGCCUAAGAUUGGAGUACAAAACAUGUUCUGUACUAACUGUGCAAAGGAGAUCUUUCUUACAUAGAGGUUACCUGUCUUUCUUGGUCAGAAAGACUUUUUAUCACCAAUGGAAAAAGUCAUUUAAUCUUACUGUCAUUCAGUCCUUGAUGUCCUUAGCUGACAGUUAGGUAGCUCUUAUCAUGCAGAUAUUAGUGCGCUAGGUAGCAAAUCUGUAACAAUUGCUAAAGGAUAUUUUAAUCUAAUGACUAUAGUAGUAUUUUAGUUUUGAACUAUUGAGAAGGUUAAUACAUUGAUAAUAACAACUCAGAUCUGCCUCAGCAGAUCUGUUUUUAUUUACAGUAGAAUUAUGCAAAUGUACUUUUUGUGUUCUUUGAUAGUUAAAUGUCAAAUAUAUUUAGGGAGUGAUAAGGGGAUAAAGGUAUUGACAGGAAGCAAGCAGAUUUCUUAGAAGACGAAGUUGCUAUACUAAGUAAAACCUUUAGCACAAAGAUUUUAAACUGCUGCUACCGUGAUGGGUAAAUAAUGGUCUACUUAGAAGCUAGUGCUUCAUAAAUACAUAGUUUUCAUAAUAAAUUGAUCAGAGGAGUGUGUGAUCUGCUCCUGAACAUCAAGAGGGGAAUUUAACUUGCAGAGUUAAACUAGCUUGUCAGUAGAUCAUUUGUGGUGUUUUUCUCAGUGAUACAGGAGCCAUGGUAAGUUUGUUUCACACAGCAUGAAUCACAACCUGUGCUCAAAUGUGCCUGGGGAUCCUGUGCACUACAGCAGCAAAAAUAUGACUGCCUCUCCUCUAAAUCAGAUGUUUUGUUAGUAAAGGAGGCCUUUUCAGUUCAAUAAAUGUAUAUCCAAGCUUGUUCCGUGUUAGUAGAAUAUAUUUUUGCAUUAUUGAAGCAACUAUGAAAUGGUACAAGUAAAGAAAUGUCAACUGCUGCUAUUACGUUGUUAUUUUUGUGAAUAAACUAUGUCCCAAAGCUC